AUGGCCGAAGGAGCGAAAUUUGGCCGAUCACGACCAAGUAAAAUGGUCGACAACACAAAUCACGGCAUUUACCGCGGCCACCGGCUCAAAUCACCUCCAUCAAGCAUCCACAUCGCAUCUAAGGAAGAAAAUCCAGAAUGGAACGAGCAGAAUUGUUGUAGGCCAAAGGAAGACGUUCCCGGAGCCCCUUUGAAAAAACAAUUUCAAAGAAAGUCCGACACCGUUCGUUCAAACGACCCCAAACUUCACCAGUCACCAUAUUACACGAUAUUGGUCGACAGAAUUUCAAUAUAG